AUGACCACGUCUGUAAACUUCAAUUCAAAUAUAAAACAAACACCUUCACUAGCCUCAAAUAAUACAAAUGCAGCAAAUGUUAAUUCUUCCGAGUUCGCUCCAAUCAUCAAGAGCACACUUGAGAAACCACAUGGUCAUCAACCUCAAUAUUACAAGCAUGAGAACAAACCUUUAAUAUCCAGUUCAAAAUCUAACAUACUGUUACACACUUUUCCAAAAGACAAAUUUCAUACUUUCAAAAAAUUCUCUAAUAAUAAUAACUUUGAUGAAACUAAUAAGGAAAACCAUUAUACCCAUUUACCAAUAGGCACAAAUACAAGCAUAAAUUCAUUACAUAAAUCAAUAUUCAAGAAACAUACAUUCAAUACAUAUAACAGCAAGAUAUCAAAUGCACAAUUGAAAAAAUUAAAUUCAAUCAAGAUGAAUAAUAAGUUUUUUUCACCUACUGAUAAAUUAUUAUCACCAUGUUCACAAAAACUAAAUGAUCAUAAAUCAAAAUUGUUUGUUAAUAAAUCAAAUCCAACUAAAUUAAAUUUCGCUUUAAAUAAAAGAAAUAUGAAAAAGACUAAUACUAUUAAUAAUAGCGAUAAUGCUACUACUAAUAAUAAUGAUGAUAUCUUAAUGACUGGUUCAGAUGAAGAUGAAGACUAUUGA